AGAUUACUUCAGUUCGUGUCUUGGUCUCAUUCAAAAUUUAUAGUGAUAUUGUUAAAAUUGUACUGCAAACUUGAAACAUGGAACUUAAAAGAAAAUGCAUUACUGACAUUGACGUCAAAAACAAGCGGGUAGUAAUCAGAGCUGAUUUAGACAUACCAAUUUUGGGAGGAAAAGUGCUAGACAAUGAACAAAUUGUAAAUGCCUUGCACACUAUCAGAUAUGCUUUGGAUCAUCAAUGUCGUUCGGUUCUUCUCAUUUCCCAUGUUGGGGACGCUGAUGGUGCAAAAGAUGAAAGAUUUUCUUUGAGACCUAUUGCCGAUGAGUUAAACAAGCUUCUUGCUCCAGAAAACCGGAAAGUACAUUUCUUAGGGGACUUUCAUUUUCUUGACAUUGAUCGCAAAUGUAUUUGUCCUCCAAAGGGAAGUAUUUUAUUACUUGAAAAUAUACAGUUUUAUAUUGAAGAAAUUGGAUAUUCUAAGGAUACGAAUGUCAAAGCUCCUAGAGAUAUGAUAAUGAAAUUCCGUCGCAUGUUAAAGAGAUAUGGAGAUGUUUACGUAAAUGAUGCUUUCCGUUUCUGCUACCUUACUCAUAGUUCAAUGAUGGGAUAUUUCUUUGAGGCAAGAGUGGCAGGACUUGAAAUGCAAAAGGAACUUAAAUAUUUCCAUAGAACACUAAUCAACCCUAGGAGGCCAUUUGUUGCAAUAAUUGGUGGAGACAAAUUUAGCACCAAAUUAAAAAUCUUAAAUAAUUUGUUGAAUGUAGUUGAUGAGAUAAUAGUAGCUGGAGGUCUACCUUUUACAUUUCUUAAGGAAAGCAGAAAUAUGAAAAUUGGAGAUUCUUUGUACUCUCAACUAAAUUCUAACUAUGUCAGGAAAUUAAUGAGAAGAGCAGAGAACAAUGAAGUCUCUUUGCAUUUACCUAAUGACUUUAUAACUGGGAAUUGCUAUGAUAACUGCACUCCUCUAAAGCUUUGUUUGGUUGAUGAUGGAAUACCAGAAGGAAAUAUGGGUUUAGACAUUGCCCCAAAGUCGAUGUAUCAUUUUACUCACAUCAUAUCAGGAGCAAAAACCAUAUUGUGGCAUGGUCCAGUAGGUUUUAUUGAACAAGAAGCAUUUGGAGAUGGAACUGUUUGUAUAAUGCAAGCUAUAAUUACUGCUACUGAGAAUGGAGCAACUAGUUUAGUUGUCGUUGAUUGA